GGCCGAAUGGCCUUUACUCCUGCAGCUAUUGUCUCUCUGUUUCUAUGUUUCUAAUUUUGGACCGUUUCUCCGUUGCGAUGGACGAGGGGUGUGUACGGCGUUCUACGAGAGCACCUACAACUCCCAAGCCAUCAACAUCAACUGGAACAAGGGAACGGCUCUGUCCAUGGACUGUGGCAUCUUCCAGAUCAACAGCUUCUGGUGGUGCUUGGAUUCGGAAACUCCUGUCACCAAACGCAACUGUGGCAUGUCCUGCGGAGACUUUCUGGACGAUGAUCUAACCGAUGACAUCAAGUGCGCAAAGUCUAUCGUCACGCUGCAUCCCGGAAUGAUAGCUUGGGUAGCCUGGAGCAGUCGCUGCAAGGGAAAAGACAUGGAUGAGUUUGUAGCCGGCUGCAACCUAUAGAGUUGCUGCUGUCGAUGGGAGCGACGCACUUCUGUGCUGCAUUCUGAUUGUUUGAGUUAACUUUACACUAAUGUUGCCUCUUCAAGGGAUGAGAGAGCUUGUCUUCCCAUUAACCUGCCCUUAACCAGACACACGAGCUGUCCAUCUUAGAGUUUAGUUUAGUUUAGAGGUACAACUUAUCCCUAAUGGGAGAGGGGAGAAGAGGGAGUGGCCGGGGUGAGUGAGACUGGACCUUGGUGAUGCUGCUGGCCUUGCCGAGGCAACAUUUGCAACAAAAUAAGUUUCAUUCAUCACCUUGUAGUUUAGUUUGGUUUAGUUUGGUUCCGACUUACAGCAUAAAACAGGCCCUUCGGCCCCACCGAGUCCGCGUCGACUCGUUCACACUAGUUCCAUGCUAUCCCACUUUCUCAAAGAAACAUGGAAAAUAGGUGCAGGAGUAGAGGCCAUUCGGCCCUUCGAGCCAGCACCGUCAUUCAAUAUAAUCAUGGCUGAUCAUCCAACUCAGUAUCCUGUACCUGCCUUCUCUCCAUGCCCCCUACACACUAGGGGGCGAUUUACAGAGGGCCGAUUAGCCGACAAACCCGCACUUCUUUGAAACACUUUUUCUCACAGAGAGAGUGGUGAGUCUGUGGAAUUCUCUGCCUCAGAGGGCGGUGGAGGCCGGUUCUCUGGAUACUUUCAAGAGAGAGCUAGAUAGGGCUCUUAAAGAUAGCGGAGUCAGGGGAGAAGGGGAGAAGGCAGGAACGGGGUACUGAUUGUGGAUGAUCAGCCAUGAUCACAUUGAAUGGUGGUGCUGGCUCGAUGGGCCGAAUGGCCUACUCCUGCAUCUAUUGCCUAUUGUCUAAAUCCCACGCGGGCACAGGGAGAAUGUGCAAACCAUGUGCAGACAGCACCCAUGGUCGGGAUCGAACUCAUGUCUCGAGGGCUUUUAAGUAGUAACUCUACCGCUGUGCCAUCGUGCAGCCCCCCCUUGGGUAGGAUGAUGGGCGCCUUUGCUUGGAGGGAGAGUGGUAAUAGGAUGCAUGACAUGGGUUUAGGUUUAGUUAUUUAUGUUCCGUGCAGCGAGGUACAGUGAAAAGAUAAUACUAUGCAGAAAUACAAUUAAGUCAAAUUCCAGUACAAUAGGUGGAGCAAAGUCAAGUCAAGUCAAGUUUAUUUGUCACAUACACAUAUGAGAUGUGCAGUGAAAUGAAAGUGGCAAUGCUCGCGGACUUUUGUGCAAAAGACAAACAACAAAACAACCAAACAAAUUAUAAACACAAUCAUAACACGCAUAUUCUUUGACAUAAUAAAUAAUGGAAGGAAAAACGUUCAGUAGAGUUCAAAGGGGAAGAUACAGAGUGCAGAGUAUAGAUCUCAGCAUUGUAGCACCAGCAGCAGUUCCACAGACAUAACACAUGGAACAUAGAACAGUACAGCACAGGAACAGGCCCUUCGGCCCACAUUGUCCGUGCUGAACACAAUGCCAAGAUCAACUCUUAUCUGCCUGCACGUGGCCCAUAUCCCCUGUAUAUCCAUGUGCCUGUCUAAUAUUGUAUCAAACACCACUAUGGUAUCUGCCUCCACCACCACCACCACCCCUGGCAGCACGUACCUACCACCCUCUGUGUAAAAUAAAACAUACCCGCGCAUCUCCUUUACACUUGGCCCCUCUCACCGUCAUGCUACGCCCAACAAAUGUGCUGGACAUUUCCACCCUGAGAAAAAGGUUCUGACUGUCCACCCUAUCUGAGGCCCGAAUAAUGUUAUACAUGUCUAUCAGGUGGGGUCCACACGCAGCCUAAACCUCCCUGUACGGGACGCCCAGAGUCCGUUAGAGACACAGCGAGGAGUAACCUUGGGAGUUACCUUGUAAUCUUGAUUUAUUUUGUAAUAUAAAAACUAAUUUUAAAAAUAACCAACUGCAAUGUGUUUGUAGCUGCUGUUGUAACUGUUUUACAAUCAGUUUCUUUUUCCAGAUUGUUUCAUAUUCGAUUUGGUAUGAAUUAAUAAAUAGACUAAAAAAAACCCAUUGUGGCAUUGUAAUGGAAGAGUCAUGAGGUCAUAAGGGAUAGUAGAAGUAAGUCUUCAGUCUGAAGAAGGGUUUCGGCCCGAAACGUCGCCUAUUUCCUUCGCUCCAUAGAUGCUGCUGCACCCGCUGAGUUUCUCCAGCACUUUUGUGUACAGUAGAAGUAGGCCAUUCGGCCCAUCAAGGCUACUCCGCCACUCCGCCAGCUGAUCUGUCUCUCUCUCCUAACCCCAUUCUCCUGCUUUCUCAUCCUACUGGACUUUAUCUUGUACUUCAUUAUUAACCUCAUCUUGUAUCUGUACACUGUGGACGGCUCGAUUGUAGUCACGUAUUGUCUUUCCACUGACUGGUUAGCACGCAACAAAAAAGCUCUUCACUGUACCUCGGUACACGUGACAAUAAUAAACUGAUCUCUGAAACGUUGCCUAUUUCCAGAAGGAUUUCGGCCUGAAAUGUUGCCUAUUUCCUUAGCUCCAUAGAUGCUGCUGCACCAUAACUCAGUGGGUCAGGCAGCAUCUGUGGAGAACAUGGAUAGGUGACGUUUCACAGAGUGCUGGAGUAACUCAGCGGGUCAGGCAGCAUCUGUGGAGAACAUGGAUAGGUGACGUUUCACAGAGUGCUGGAGGAACUCAGCGGGUCAGGCAGCAUCUAUGGCGCUAAGGAAAUAGGCAACGUUUUGGGCCGAAACCCAUAAGGGUUUCGGCCCGAAACGUUGCCUAUUUCCAGAAGGAUUUCGGCCCGAAACGUUGCCUAUUUCCUUAGCUCCAUAGAUGCUGCUGCACCAUAACUCAGUGGGUCAGGCAGCAUCUGUAGUUCAGCAUCUAAACUAAAGUGUCUCUCAAUCCAAAACGUCGCCCAUUCCUUCUCUCCAGAGACGCUGCCUGUCCCGCUGAGUUACUCCAGCAUUUUGUGUCUAUCUUCAGUUUAAACCAGCAUCUGUAGUUCCUUCCUAAAGUGUAUUCCAGCCAACCCUCUCCUUGAUUCUAGAUUGAGAAUCUUUUGGAGAUUUGGCCGUCACGGUGGUGCAGCGGGUAGAGCUGCUGCCUCACAGCGCCAGAGACCCGGGUUUGAUUCUGACCACGGGUGCUGUCUGUGCGGAGUUUCCCCG